UGCCGUGCUCUGCUCUUCUCGCUUGUGCCAAGUUCCAUGCCUCUUAGAAAUUCAAAACCAAUGUGGAAACAACUUUGACGUCGGAAUGCUAUAAACUGAGGUCAGUGUGCAGUAACUGUCCGGAUGUUUUGUGGGGACCAUAACGCUGUAUUGCCUUUGAAGAUGAGACCAUGAAGCUUCGACAGCUGAAACUAGAUAAUCAGAGAGCACUGCUGGAGAAGAAGCAGAGAAAAAAGCGGCUUGAGCCACUCAUGGUGCAGCCAAAUCCAGAAGCCAGGCUACGUCGGUCAAAGCCAAGAGGUAGUGAGGAGCAAACUCCUUUGGUGGAACGUCCUACCCCACACAACGAUGUCAUCCUACAUGGCAUUGAUGGUCCAGCUGCCUUCCUGAAGCCAGAUGCUCAAGAUUUGGAAACCAAACUUCAUGUUCUCUCAGUAGGUUCUUCAGCUGUGGAAGAGGGCACUGAAGGAAGUGUUGAUGGGGAGAGUACUUUGGAUACUGCUUCCAAGCCGGAUCUUCAGGAGAUUCUCCAAAAACAUGGUAUCUCAGGUAGUUUGAACUUUGAUGAAGAGGAGACUGAUGGGGAGGAAGAAGAAGGAAAAAAAUUAAGAUCUCAUUCACCAUAUUCAGAGGCAGAAAGACCCAAUUCUGCAUCAAGCCAGAAAUCAAGCACAGAUACAGGAGCUUCUGGUAUUGCAGCCCAACAAAUUGAUAACCAGCUGGGAGAAGUGGAGAAUUUAGAGGACUUUGCAUUUAGUCCUGCCCCUCGAGGUAUCACAGUCAAGUGUCGGAUAACCAGGGAUAAAAAAGGAAUGGAUCGGGGUCUCUUCCCCACUUACUAUAUGCACUUGGAAAAGGAUGAAAACCGGAAGAUAUUUCUUCUUGCAGGUAGAAAACGGAAAAAGAGCAAAACAUCCAAUUACCUUAUCUCCACUGAUCCAACAGAUUUAUCUCGUGAAGGAGAAAGUUAUAUUGGCAAACUCAGAUCCAACCUCAUGGGGACUAAGUUUACAGUUUAUGACCAUGGUGUCAGCCCAACCAAGGCCCAAGGUCUGGUAGAAAAGGCGUAUACCCGGCAGGAGCUGGCAGCCAUCUGUUAUGAAACAAAUGUGCUUGGAUUUAAAGGUCCUAGGAAAAUGUCUGUGAUCAUUCCAGGGAUGAAUAUGAAUCAUGAACGGAUCCCAUUUCGGCCACGAAAUGACCAUGAGAGCUUGCUUUCAAAGUGGCAAAACAAAACCAUGGAGAACUUGAUUGAACUGUACAACAAGGCCCCCGUCUGGAAUGACGACACUCAGUCCUACGUCCUGAACUUCCAUGGCCGGGUCACUCAGGCGUCUGUGAAGAACUUUCAGAUAGUCCACAAAAAUGACCCUGACUAUAUCGUCAUGCAGUUUGGACGUGUGGCAGAUGAUGUGUUCACAUUGGACUACAACUACCCACUGUGUGCACUGCAGGCCUUUGCCAUCGGGCUUUCUAGCUUUGACAGCAAGCUGGCGUGUGAAUGAGAGGGACGCAGGCACUGGGCUUUCUCACUCCAGAGCUCCCAGAAGCAGAUAAUUGCCUCCCUUGCUCUUGCCCCAGGACAUGAAGAGCAACAGUCUGCCCCUUUUGGAAUAAUCCCUGGAUGGAUGGAUGGAUGUGUAUGCGUGUAUACACGUGUGUAUGUAUACAUAUACAUGUACACACACACACACACUUCUGUAGGUUUCACAGACCUGGUCAGGGAUUACAGCUUCACGUGGGUGGGAGAUUGUUCAAAGCAGAGAGGUUCUUGUUCAGAGCACACUGGUGACUCCUGAGGUUAUUGCCCAGCAGAUUCUAUGCCUCAAGAGUCAGAUUUCCUGUGCUUGGAAACUUGCAGCUAGAAUCUAGUCCUAAUGAUUAAAUACUUGGGUGUUUUUUUUUGAAGACCUUUUCAGAGAGGGACAGUUCCCUAAAUUGCCUUUAGUCUCCAGGUCUGCAAACUUUUUCUGUAAACUGUCGGAUAGUCUCUUUCACAGCUACUCAGCUUUACCAUUGUAGUGCAAAAGCAGCCAUAGCCAUUUCAUAAACGAACGAGUGUGGCUGUGUUCCAGUGAAACUUUAUUUACAAAAACACAGCAGGCCAAAUUUGGCCUGUGGGCUGUAGUUUGCCAACCUCUGUUUCAGGUAUGUCUCUAUAAUUAUGGGCUUGGGCAUCUUCCAUAGUGGGCCUUUGGUUGUGAGAUCGUAUGAGUGGAGAAUGGAUAUCCCUAGGAAGCUGCAGUCCUACAGACUGGAUCCGUAGAGGUACUUGGCUACACCCACUGUUCCACGGCCUUUACUUUGUUUUGGUGAUGAUGGUUUCUAGAGUAUCAUUUACCAUCAGAACCCGGAAACCCAAAGUCAGUGGUCAUUUUGAGUCCACACAGGUGAUUUAAUUCUGCUAUCCUACCCAACGUACCCAUGGGAGAAGGCAGUGUCUGGCACUGUACCCCCCCACAAGAGAAGAACUUAUGCUCACUAGGAAACAGAUCUAGCAUUGUGUUGUCUGUGUCGGAGGGAGUGUGUUAUUUGUUUCUUAGAGCCAGCUUGUUUUUCCCAUGGGGCUUGGAAGGUAGUGAUGUCACAGUCCCUUUCUUCCCUGGGAGCAGGUUGGCUGGCAUGAAUCUCCGUCAGAGUGGUUAUGGCCAAAUUUGUGAUCAGUGAUGUGAGAAUUUUAUAUCAUUGUUUUAAUUUCAGUUUAGGCUGAAAGCAUAAACUCUAGAGGUGACUUAGUCUAGUUAAGAUUGAGAGUAAUUUGACAGUUGCCUUCACUUUCAACCCAGGAGUGCCUCCACAGCUAUAUUACUAUGGAACCAUUAAUAUAGAGGGACACUCACACCUGUGGACCAUGUAAGAUGUAAGAGAGCAUUAUAUAUUGAAACUUACCGUUGUCAUUAUCAAGAGAGGUGUCAGGAGACCUCUUUGGUGAGGACCAGCUAGUUGGCCCUUGAGCUCUGCAGACCUUGUUGGACAGAGCUUUGGG